CAAAAAAGAAAGACAGUGGCUGGUGAAGUGUUUGAGUGACCAGUAAAAUAAAUAAAUAAAUAAAUAAAUAAUCGUUAUCUCUGGCUAGUUGAAAAAAAAAGUCUCAAUUUCCACCCGUUUGAAACCAACGCCACGAACAAUGCUGAUGGUUCUGAAGAGUAAACGAUAACAGAGGGGACUUACUGCGGAAGGAUAAAACAAUUACGUUCACAUUUUAGCUACUUGUUUAUUUCUAGUCACAUUCAUUGUAGUGAUAUGUCACAGUGAGGCUUCCGUAGCCUGGGGCAAACUGAUGAGCAUGCGCUGUACAUCCAGUUGUUGUCAGUCACACAGAGUAAUAAAGUUGAGUUCUACAAGCUGCAUAACUGGUUCUUCAUAAAAGAUAGCCGUUCACGACAUUCAUGGUAUUACUUUUACUUAAAAAACAAUUCCGCGAAAUUAGCUGAAGCUAAGUGGCUUGAAGAAUUAGCCGUGAUAAUUUCGGUAAGCAAGAAUGCAACAAUGAGGUUAGUCGAGUUUUGCUUGGAUAUACCAUGCGUUUAAAUCCUUCCUGUUCUUAUGUAAAUCCUUCGCUUAUGAUGUAUAAAAAGUAGAACUGCAAUGCUCUGGUCUGAAUUCCACAGACCUCUAGUCCACCCUGUUCUGAGGCGCAUUUUAGAACAACUCUUAGUUUGUCAACGACUUGUCUGUCCAACAUGUAGGAGCCAGAGUCUGACCCAGAGCAGGAGAAAGAAGACGGCGAACCUGCAAAAGAAAAUGUUAUUGUUACACAAUCAGGUCGGCAGCAAUUGUUAUCAACCAGAAAUGUAUUAUUGUCUUCGGUAGCAGGUUAAAAAGUUUGAUAAGUUGUGAUUUUUAUGUAUUGUAACGAUUCUGUGUUUUAGUUCUGCUGCGGUUCAUGUGGUUAUUUGUAUUUGUUAUAAGUUGCAUUGUGAUCAUUUUUGUUAUAUGUAGUGUUAAGGGCUUCCCCUGGCUGACUGCUGGCUCCCGCUCACAUGUGAUAAGCCUGUCAUGUGGGCGGGGGAUCGGUGGAGAGGGAGUACCAGGACCGGAAGUGGGGAGAGUUCAGAGGGGAGUUAGCAGUGAAGCUAACAGUUGAGUGUGCCCGUUUGUAUGAGGCGUGAGCUGCAGCCUCAGAAAUAGCAGCUUGUACCUAUUUCUAAUAAACCCUGUUGGCGGGACUACAUCUGCGGUGUUGGCGUCAUUACAUUAUAUUUAAUGUCUCUCCUGUUUGUUUGUUUUACUUGUAUAAAUGUUCGCCUUCUGCUUUCCACCCAGGAGCUGUUACAACAAAGUUUCAGAAUCUGACCACAGGGUGGCGCAAUCAGUUUACGGUGCCCUAAGUUAAAACAAUUUGCAAAUAUGAACUUAUUUGUUGUUUUAUAAUAACAUUACAGAAACAUGUAGAACCAUACAAUUAGAGCAAAGCGGGAUAGAGACCUUGAUUUACCUUUUGCGUUCAAAUGAAAAACAUCGUCACUUUUAUAUCAAACAAUCUCAAAUGGUGCAACUUAUACACUGCAGAUCUGAUUAGCCACUUUGCAAUUAAACUAUUUGUUAAAAUUUAUAUAGAAAAGCGAAAUCACAUAAGAAAUACGUUAAUGUACGGUUGUCAUGGUAACGACUUCCCCAUGCAACAGUGUGAGGGAUGCAGAGAGCAGUCAUCCGCGGGGAUCCAAGGAAGCAAAGAUUUCACCUGAAUCAUUUGGGUGCCAUCAUGCAGGAUCACAGGAAUGGUAUGAAGCCAUUUCCACCACCAGUCAGCAACAACAGGAUCAUCUCAGAAUUCCCUCAAUGCUACACUCCAGAGGCCUCCUUCCAGCUGAAGACAGACUGGGACAUUCAGACUAAAGCAGCCUUUAAACACCAAGCUGCCAGGCUGCAGACAUGGGAUCGCCAGAAAAUGUCUAAAGUGGUAGUUGUCGGAGACCUCAAUGUCGGAAAGACCGCCCUCAUUAAAAGAUUUUGUAAAGAUGUCUUUGAAAGAGACUACAAAGCCACAAUAGGAGUGGAUUUUGAGAUUGAGAGGUUUCAGAUAUUGGGAGUACCUUUCUCCCUUCAAAUCUGGGAUACAGCAGGGCAGGAAAAAUUCAAGUGCAUUGCAUCUACAUACUAUAGAGGCGCUCAAGUGAUUGUCACAGUGUUUGACAUGGCAGAUAUUCAAUCCUUGAAUCAUGCACGUCAGUGGUUGGAGGAAGCCAUGAGAGAAAAUUAUCCCAAUUCUUGUUUCAUCUUCUUGGUUGGCACCAAGACUGACCUUCUGCCCUCAGAUGAAAGGGAGAGAACUGAAAAAGAUGCAGUCCAUAUUGCAGCAGAGAUGCAUGCAGAGUUCUGGACACUUUCAGCCAAAACAGGGGAGAACGUGCAGGCAUUUUUCUUUAGGGUGGCUGGUUUGACUUUUGAAAACUGUAUAAUGAAGGACAUGGAGAAAGGUGUUCCAGCUAGUAUUGGCUGUGGGAAUGCUAUCAAAUCGGAUCGUAUCAUUCUCGCAGAGGGCACAUAUCCCAAGGUGAGGAGAAGCUGCUGCUGAUAGUCUGCCUGUUGGGGAGAGCUGGUCCACAUAGAUACAGCUGCAAGAAUCAAAGUAACUGGCCAUGUUCCACCAGACUGAAAUGUGCCUAUAUGUUCUUUUCUUUCUCAAACCACCAUGUAUUUCUAAGUCUGUAAAUAAUUCAAUCAAAUCUUAAUGGGUUGACACUUCCAGUGUUUUUCACGGUGCAUGUUAUAUGACAAUAAACUCAAAUUAUGUCCUGAUUAUGUGGACAGUAGGCACAUAAAAUACAGAUUUAGAUGGAUGUACUAUUUUAAAAGUAAACUAUAGGAACUGUUUGGAAAAGGCAGAUAUCUUUUUUGCUUAAAUUCUUCCUGUGAGCAGAUGUAUUACAUCUUUCUGAGUCUAAGGUGUCUUUUCCUUUAAUCAGUGUUUAGUGGACUAUGUCUCAUCCAUCUUGUGUAAAGCACAGAGGAAGUAUGUAUUAUAAAAUGUAUGUGUCUCAAGAGUAAUGGUUAUGUGAAUGGUUCUAAAUGUUUAUGAACUAUAACCCCUUAUGAAGAAGAACAUCAUUGAACCCACUGUUACUGGGACCCCACUAUGGAGCCAGGCCUGCAGGUGGAGCACACUGGCAAGCCCCUGGUGGCCGGGCCUUAACGCAUGGACCUCAGCCAGGGACAGCUUGAAGAGAAAACGUGGCCCCCCUUCCCACCACCACCUGUGGGAGGGGCCAAAGGGGUCAGGGGCAGUGUGGGAUGGGUGAUGGCCAAGGGUUAGGACUUUGGUGGAAGUGGAUGGAUGGAUGGACAUAAAUUAAAACAUGGGUAAAAAUUCUAAGUAAUGCAGCUGUUUCUUAUAAACAAGGGUUCCAGUAUUUUUCCUCGAUAAGAUAAGAUAAGAUAAGAUAAAUCUUUAUUGUCAUUGUCACAAGGACAACGAAAUUCAAAGGGUGCCAUCAGUC